GACUGAGGCUCUCGUAGGAACACGCGGGUGGUCGGUGUAGCGAAGUCUGCGACACACUACCCCAGGACUGGAACGUUGGAGAGAAUUCCCUAUGUUACAGGACUAAACUUAACACAACAACGACUGACAGACAGUCACAACAUUCAAGUUCUUUAUUCCCUGGCUUGUCAGCUUCAAAUGGGACGAAACCCACCAUCAUAGGUUUCUGGCACGCCCAAGGGACGCAACUUUACGUACACAGCGAAUUGCGACGCCUCAGAGGACUGAGCCACUAGGUCACUUUCAAGAUUUACCUCUUGCCACCUGUCAACCCCAGCCAUAAUGGUAAAUUUCCGUCAAUCGUCGCUGAUGAUUUUCAUGGGUGCUGGUGCCUUCUGCAUGCUGGUCUUUGAACAUGUGGUCCUGCCUCACUUCUCAUACAGAUUGGCUGAUGACAGCAUUGCUGUCUCUUCCAUGUCUGCUGCCAGUGCUGAUAAAACCCCAGGAAAUGUAAAUGAUAAAAUACGGUUUCAGUCUGAUAGUAGCCAGACUCCACCGUCCAGGUCAAGCCCCAGUCCUGGUAAAACCUUAGUGUACAGAUUCAACGGAAGACAGAUGCAGCAGCUUCACGAGUUCUGCACUUGGACUGUCCACGUUGACUGUGUUCCUCUGAAGACACCGUCUGGGGAGACACCGAUCCAUAUACACGACAUCGUGGUUGAUAAGUGGGUGUCUAAGGACCUAAAACAGAAGGGAGCUUGGGAACCUGGAAAUAUCAACCUCGUUCUGUCAGAAUUAAAAAAAGACCCUGAACUUGGCUUCAUGGAUCUAGGAUCUCAUGUUGGCGCCUUCUCCCUGUCUGUGGCCAAGUUCGGGAGGAAGGUGGUAUCUGUGGAUCCGCUCAUAGAGAACGUCCAGAGACUGUGUAAGUCUAUUCAGAAAGGUGGCUUCACAGACAGGAUGACCAUCAUAUUCAAUCCACUUGGAGGAAACCACUCCUUUGUGAAUUUCAUGCGUGAAGUUGGCAACGUUGGAGGGACAAGCGUUGUGGCAUCGUCUGGGUCUUCUACUAAAUCCCCCUGUGAGGAAUCCGCUGACUCGUAUACUAUCACUCUAGACGAUACAUUACCCUACUUGCCAUUCAAGAAGGCCGUUUUAAAAAUGGACAUACAAGAGUAUGAAUAUUUUGUUCUCAGCGGUUCAAAAAGGUUUUUCAAAGAGAUAGAAGUUCCUGCAAUUAUGAUGGAAUGGGUACUUAUGAAAACAGACAUUAAUGGGAAAAACCUGGUAGAUUUGUUAUUAGGAUUGCAGUAUUCUGCAUAUGCACCAAGUAUCGGGGGUCAGAAAUUAGACCCAAAUCAGUACAAAAGCUGGCCAUUUGAUGUCAUAUGGAAAAAAUAGAAGUAGUUUAGACUUGCAGUUGCCUUAUUUAGAGUGUCCAGUCGCCGCUAAGAAUAAUUCUAAAUACUGAUUUUUAUCUUGGCAUACCUUUCACCAUUGCAAUUGCGAUUAUUUAGGUUGAUGAGUGUUGACUGACUUCCUAUUUGUAUAUUUCAUUUCUCAGACAAAGAUAAUAAUUUCAGAUGUAGUCGUUUGAAUCAGUGGUAAAUUCUUCUAAAUUACUUACACGUUUGCAAUGAUUCUACAAUAAUUGUUUGUCGAAGAAUGUGCAGCCAUUGAAACUUUACUGCACGCCAAUCCUCAUAGUCUCAGCCAGGAUAAGACAGGGUGACUCACUGUUUCAGAUGUAAUACAUGUACAUUGUAACCCACAUAGAGAAGGUUGAAUGGGUGACUGUUGUUUUACGCCGCAAUAUCCAAGCUAUAAGAGCUAUUAUGAUGAACAAAUGCGAACGUAGGUCAUUGAUUGAAAUCUUAUUACGUUUGAGAUUACUUGGAGAGUAACAUCCUGGUUUCAUUCAUACGUGAGUCAAACAACCUCGAUUCUGGUUAGCAGGUAAUUUCCUGUUAGACUUUUGAUAAUUUAAUCAUAACAUUAUUCAUUUAGGAAAUAAACCUUUUCUAUUAGGGAGUAAUACCAACAAACUCUUACUCAACCUAAAUGGAACAUAAGUAUAACUUCAUAAUACUUGAAAUACUGUCAGUUAAUAAAUAAUUCAAAAACAUAAAUUCAUGAAGCUUAUUUUGUCACUGGAACUGUAACAAUAAUGAUAAUAUAAAGUGACAAGACCCUUUCAGAAUCUAAAAGAAAUUUCUGUAUAAAGCAGAGUCGAUUGUACAUUUCGGACUAUUUCAUGAGCAUGUGUUUAUGAAUCACUAUCAAAUAGUGAUGAUACCAGGUGUUCUUGUUUCCAUGUUAUUUUUCAUGUUUCCCAAUUCUGGGAAAAUACAUUCAUUUAACAACGUUUUUCCGUCAAUCGGAUUGCAGCACAAACUACAUUCGCUUAACAAUGUCAGUUAGUGUGGCUAUUUUGUGCAUUUAUUGUAAAUAACUAGUUGAGAAGAGUUUUAAUUUUUGUUGUAUAGUUAUUGAGGCAAUCUUUUUUUCAUAACAAAUAUUAUAUUUGGGAUAACACUUUCUUUGUGAAGUACAAAUUCUGGUACUUUUUGCGGUUGCGUCCCAUUCGGGCACAUUAGAAUUUUAUUUGUUUAUAUAGUAGUGAAGAGUGAGUUGGGUUUAGCGCCGCUUUUAACAGUAUUCCAGUUACAUCACGGCGUGUCAGCUUAAUGAGGGAGGAAAGCCCGAAAUGAUGCAGGUCUGAGACCCAUGAAACCCAUGAGCACGGGUAUGGUGCUGACAAACCGAGAAACAAUCGGUGCGAACCGGGAUUCGAACCCAAAAUGAUAGGUUUCUGUAGUGCUCAAGGGACGCAACUCUGCACUGCGAAUUGCGGCGCCUUAGACGUCUGGGCCACCCGUGCCCCUUGUACGAGCAUCGACCAACGCAUAUGGGAUACGAUGACAUGCAUCAACCAAGUUAGUGAGCCUGACCACCCGAUCCCGUUAGUCGCCAUUAACGUCAAGCAUGGAUUGCUGAAGACCUAUUCUACCCCCGAUCUUCACGGGUAUCUGUUGGAAGAGAUUCAGUCACAUGACGUUGGAAUUGAGGUAAUGAAUAAUAUCAGAACCCAAGAGAAUACUUGAUAGGCGAAACAAAACAUUGUUUUCAUUCAAACAACCUCUGUGCUCGUUAUUUUCAAAUUCCCAGUUUCAUGUAUGGCCACUUAAUGAUGAGUGUCGUAAUUGUAUAUAAGCUUGGCCUUUUUGUUCAUUCACUCCAUUCAUUUAUAGAUAUUUCUUUUUUUGCCCUUGUCGUAGAAGAUGAAAUAAAUCGUUUAUAAUUCAA